UCUUGUAAACAGCUCCCUCUAUAGAGUUGGUGUGUAGAAAUGGCUGGGACGAGGGAAAUUAUAACAUUACAGUUUGGGCAUUACUCUAAUUUUGUUGGGACACACGUAUGGAAUAUACAGGAAAACUCAUUUGUGUAUGAUCCUAAAGCUGCAAAAGGACCCAAAGAGCUAAAUCAUGAUGUCUUAUUCAGAGAAGGUCUUACCUUGCAUGGAGAGGUGACAUAUACUCCAAGGUUGGUGGCUUUUGAUCUUAAAGGCAGUUUAAAUACUCUGAAGCAAGAAGGCACCCUGUAUGAUCUACAGUAUGCAGAAGAUAAACUUCAGUGGCCUAGUGAUGUGACACUGCACCAAGUGGGUGUGCCACAGAAGAAUGCUUUUUUACGCGAUUUGGACAGACAGCAGGAAGAAUACCUUAGGGGAAAAUCAGAGGAAAGUAGUCAAGGUGAUGAAGAAAAGACUUCAGAGGAAAUGGAUACUGGUGAGGGCACCAGCUCAGAGGAUUCUCCACAGGUAUUUGGUCCAGCCAAACUUUAUAAUCUGGAUGACAGUGUGAAAGUGUGGUCAGAUUUCUUAAAACCUCAUCUCCACCCAAGAAGUGUAACAAUACUACGGGAUUAUGAACAUGAAAGUGAAUGCAAUCCAUUUAAUGUGUAUGGGCAGGGUAAGCAGGUCUUAACCAACAAAAGGUUUCGUGAUGAAAUUGAAGAUAGGAUACACUUUUUUACUGAGGAAUGUGAUCAUCUACAGGGUUUCAAUAUUUUGGCUGAUACAUACAAUGGAUUUGGUGGAUUUACUUCAAGCAUCCUUGAAGAGCUAGCAGACGACUACUCAAAUAAAGGUAUCCUAUCUUUUGGGCUGAUGCCAGCAGUUUUGCAGUAUUCUAGUGCCACAGAGGAGUCUUACCAGCUAAUAAACUCUGCUCUUUCAUGGGAACAGCUAGCUCAUCAUAGCUCUUUGUUUGUUCCCCUUUCCCUCAAUAAAACUCCAUUUGAUACGAGCGUUGCAGUGCAGCACUUUGAUCACUUAAAUUAUAAUAGUUCCCUUCAUUACCACACUAGUGCCAUCCUUGGUGCCUGCUUGGAUACAUUAACAUUACCCUUCAGACUAGAUACAGGUCCUGUAGCAAUGACUGAUGUCACAGAUAUACUCAGUUUUCAAGGAAGAAAAGUUGCUUCAUUAGGUGUGUCAUUACCAUUUCCGUUAUUAGAAAAUGGUUCCUUAGCCAACACUCUCAUGGCAGCUGGCGAUAUGUCACCAUGGAAACCAGUGACGCCGUAUUCAGACAACACAACUUUACCUUUUGCUCAGACAAUUGUUGGAAGAGGAGUUUUACCAGAUAAAGUUCAGGGAACCAUUGACCCAAAUGCACCAAAACUUCUCAAAGACUGUUCAACAGCUGAUGAAGUUCUCGGGCUGUAUCUAGCAGAAAUGUUUCCUAACUGUAUCAGUAGUGUGAAGGUACUUCAGUCACCUUGUCAAGUCACUGCUCCAUAUCCACAUAUGUUCAGUAGAAAUAUCAGUUCAGAUGGAUAUGUUUCACAAAAGAAUAGAUCUGACAGCAUGGGUGUUAACAGCGUACCAGUAAUGACGUCACUUCAGUCUACGCCAACAUCUGCCAAGUGCGUGCAGGCUCUUCUCAAGGAAACCAAAAAACUCAAUAUUUCCAAAUAUAACAAAUUUCUGGAAGCGGGACUUGAACAAGAUGAUUAUAAAGAAUGUUUAAAUUCUUUAGAGACUCUGCAAGAAAAUUAUGUGGUGGAUAUGAGCUUCAGCUAGCCAAUGUCAGGCAACUUAGGAGCAUUGAAGUCAACAGCUGGAUUUCUAAAUUAUUAAAAUAAUGUCAGUGAAUGGCUAGAAAUUAUCAGAAGCUUCAUUGUUAAAAUAUAGAUUACAGCGUCUCCAUUCUUGUGUUUAGUUUGCGAAUUUUUGUCGCAUUAAGUCUGACAAAAAUUCUGAAGUAACCGUGUCAACAGUCACUUGUGUGCGACGUGAUAUGUGCCAAGUCUUUUAACCUUUAUUAUAUAUUUAUGCACCAUAUCUUUCAUAACAUUUGUCAGUGUGUGAAAUAAAAACAUCAAUUUUCA